AUGGAGGGGCCAAAAACGGCAUAUUUGCCACACUCUGAAAGAUUUAUCUCUACUAAAAUUAUAUUUUCUUAUCACCUUUUUCUGCCUCCCUAUGCCUCUUGUGCCAGCAAUGGGCAUAAACUUACUCAUGAGGCAAAAAAGCCGCAUGCCUGCCAUUUCUGCGACAAGUCCUACAGUGAUGCCCGCUCCCUGCGUCGUCACUAUGAGAAUACGCACUCCGAGGAGUAUGACAGAUGGCUGGCAGUUUCACAAGCUGCCGUUAACGGAGAUCCAGGGGCCCUCGCUGCUGCAGCAGCCGCCAUAAUUGCUUCCUCAACGCCGGAACAGAGUGGUAUCAAAUCUACGCCUUCCGACACACGAAAAUCAGUCGGUUCAUCGGGCUCCUUACUUUCUGGUAAGCAAACUCUUUGCGACCACUCUCGCCUUUUCGGCAUCAAGAUUUAA